AUGGAGUCCUUGACCAUCUACGGUCUUGUGAUUGCCUUGGUCCCUGCCCCAGCAGUUCUGAAGACUCCGAGUUCGGAUUACCAUCGCAUGAUCAUAACCGGAGCAAGAUGUCUGCCGAGGUGCUCCUCUUCGCCAACCCCCUCAUCAAGUGAGCAAGUUGUCAGCGGCGGUGCGUCAGAGGAAGAGGAAGAGAGCGUGCGCUCGGAGAAAUGGUUUACAGUUUAUGCAGAUGCAGUUUGUUCUUUCGACGCCGGAGAUGGGCGCAAAGAUGUGCUGGCUAGGCUGAAAUGGGGGGGUAAAGUGGUUUGGGUGAUAGCAAUCCUCCACGGCAGUUCUUGCGAACUCUUCACCCCUCUGCGUGCCGUUUGUGAAUUCCAAGCAUACAUGGACGCCUUCCUCUUUCUUCCAUUGCGGGCGCGAAUGGUGGCCAGAAGCGGGAUGGCCCGCUCUCUCUUCUUGACCGGUGCUGUGCUCCUUUGCAGCGGUGCGCUUUUCACGGCCUUCGUGGCCGCACCCCGUGCUGCUCCGGCCCCAACCGCGCCGCAUGCCACCACCGCAGCCCUGAGCGCCAUGACGCUGGUGGCCCCUCAGGCAGCGCAUGCCGAGGGCGGUGCCGUGUGGAUCCCAGCACUCUCCGCCAUCGGUGCCGGCUUCGCGAUCGGCCUCGCGGCCAUCGGCUCGGGCGUGGGCCAGGGCAUUGCCAGCGGCCGCUGCAUUGACGGCAUUUCCCGUCAGCCGGAGGUCGCAGACGACCUCCGCGGUGUCCUGCUGCUGUCCCUGGCCUUCAUGGAGUCCUUGACCAUCUACGGUCUUGUGAUUGCCUUGGUGCUCCUCUUCGCCAACCCCCUCAUCAAGUGA